GGUUCCCCUUGCUCCCAGUGGACAGUGGCCACUGUGCCGGCGCGCAGUGUCCACCUCAGCAUUUCGGGGCCCGCCCACAACUUUCUUGUGACAGCGUCGCCCAGUGAUACUUCCCUCCUUUCCCCCCUCCCCUUCCCCUUCCCCUUCCCCGUCCUCCCAUCUUCCUGCUCCAUCCAUCAUCAACCUCUUUCUUCCCACCACCCAGUCGAGUCGCCCUCUCCCGACUCGUCUUCCAUCAACCUCAUCGCUCUUCUUCGUCUAGCAUCUCCUUUCCACCGUAAUCCACAGCCAUGGAGGAAGAAGUUGCCGCCCUCGUCAUCGACAAUGGUUCGGGUAUGUGCAAGGCCGGUUUCGCCGGUGACGAUGCUCCCCGAGCUGUUUUCCCUUCCAUUGUCGGUCGCCCCCGUCACCAUGGUAUCAUGAUCGGUAUGGGCCAGAAGGACUCGUAUGUUGGUGAUGAGGCCCAGUCCAAGCGUGGUAUCCUCACCCUCCGAUACCCCAUUGAGCACGGUGUCGUCACCAACUGGGACGACAUGGAGAAGAUUUGGCACCACACCUUCUACAACGAGCUCCGUGUUGCUCCCGAGGAGCACCCCGUCCUGCUCACUGAGGCUCCUAUCAACCCCAAGUCCAACCGUGAGAAGAUGACCCAGAUUGUCUUCGAGACCUUCAACGCCCCCGCCUUCUACGUCUCCAUCCAGGCCGUUCUGUCUCUGUACGCCUCCGGACGUACCACCGGUAUCGUCCUGGACUCCGGUGAUGGUGUCACCCACGUUGUCCCCAUCUACGAGGGUUUCGCUCUUCCCCACGCCAUUGCCCGUGUUGACAUGGCUGGCCGUGAUCUUACCGACUACCUCAUGAAGAUCCUGGCUGAGCGUGGCUACACCUUCUCUACCACCGCCGAGCGAGAAAUCGUCCGAGACAUCAAGGAGAAGCUCUGCUACGUCGCCCUCGACUUCGAGCAGGAGAUCCAGACUGCUGCCCAGAGCUCUUCCCUCGAGAAGUCGUACGAGCUUCCCGAUGGUCAGGUCAUCACCAUUGGCAACGAGCGCUUCCGUGCUCCCGAGGCUCUGUUCCAGCCCUCUGUUCUGGGUCUUGAGAGCGGUGGCAUCCAUGUCACCACUUUCAACUCCAUCAUGAAGUGCGAUGUCGAUGUCCGAAAGGAUCUGUACGGCAACAUUGUCAUGUCUGGCGGUACCACCAUGUACCCUGGUCUCUCCGACCGUAUGCAGAAGGAGAUCACUGCUCUUGCUCCUUCUUCCAUGAAGGUCAAGAUCAUUGCUCCCCCGGAGCGAAAGUACUCCGUCUGGAUCGGUGGUUCCAUUCUCGCCUCCCUGUCCACUUUCCAGCAGAUGUGGAUCUCCAAGCAGGAGUACGACGAGAGCGGUCCCUCGAUCGUCCACCGCAAGUGCUUCUAAGGUGUGUAGUCUUUGGUACAACCAAUACCGACGACCCAGAACUGACUUUGGCCGACAGCGACCCCACCGACGAACCGAAUCCUCCCAACCCUCACGCAACGACGACAAGAUCAUGGAGGUCGCGAAGGAUGCGGAGCCUUGGGUGGUUGGCACGUAUCCCAGGCGAGUCUCAUAUUUACGAAAAGUUUUUGACAUGGUCAAGAGGGUGGGCGUUACCCUUUCUCCGAAGAGAUGUGAUAGCCCCUGUGUUGUAGCCGCAUGCGUAAUGUGUGCCUAGGGGUAGCAUGCCGAGGUUGAUCAUACAAAUACUUUUGCUUUCCAA